AUGGAGGCUGUGGUGUUAUUUGUCGCUGUUCUUCAAAUUUCGGUGACAGCUGUUGCAUACAAGGAUAUCACAUUCUUCAAUGCAAAAGCUUUACCAAGUAAGACUGACAGUACUGUCAUUGGUGGAUACUCAGCUGGUAGUGAUAAGACAACAUCAUUUACAUAUGGUAGAAUAAUAGAUACAGGGACAGGGGAUACACUACCAAGUGAUGUGACUUAUACAAACCAGAGUGGUUAUGCAAGAAGGAUGACCAUCCCAGCAGGCUCUAAUCUACCUGGUGUGUACUACUGUGAUCAUUCAGGUUUCAGGUUACAAACUGUUCUAGUGGCAUCACAAGCUGAAAUAUACCCAGAGAGUCAAACCAAGACAGUAAGUUGGGGAGAUGAUGUAACACUGACAAUGACCAUACAAUUAACAUCAAUAUCAGAGUCACAGUUGAAAUGGAAACAUAAUGGUGUGGAUAUAGAUGCAUGGAAUGGACAAAGUAGUAUUACUAUUACAUCAGUUAAACUAUCAGAUGCUGGAAUUUAUGAAUGUUAUACUAAUCAAACACAACGAGAAGAUGGAAAGAAUGGUUUUAUGAGACUUAUUAUUAGACGUUGUCCUAAUGGUAAAUAUGGUGAUACAUGUCUACUUAACUGUCCUACAUGUUAUAAUGGAGGUAUAUGUAAUUCAGACACUGGAGAAUGUAUAUGUCCACCAGGAUUUACAGAAGAUGACUGUAAUACAGGUUGUGCACGAGGCUAUUGGGGAAAGUCAUGUGAGCUCAGAUGUUCUAGGACAAAUACAGGUACAGCUUGUAAAGGAAGAAUGUUUUGUGUUUCUGAUCCAUAUGGAUGUUCAUGUCUUGCAUCACAUGGAGGAUUGGAUUGUGACUUGCUAAAUUGUUCUUCUGGAACAUAUGGAGCUGGAUGUACACAGACAUGUCACUGUACCAGUGGAUGUAAUACAAAAGGAGAAUGUAUUGACAGUACUAGUGAUUGUGAUACAGGAUGGAGCGAUAAUAAUUGUAAAGGAUGGAUAAAUCUAAAUACUAGAGAUUCUGAUUGUCAACAAGGUUUGUAUUUCAAAUCACUGGUUUCCAUGGUGAAUUAUGGUAACUAUAAUUAUCAUUGUAAAAACAAUGCAGCAUGUGAUAAGAGCACUGGUGUUUGUCCAAAUAGAGAUUGUGCACCAGGAUGGAUAAAUCUAGAUACUAUAGAUUCUGAUUGUCAACAAGAUGGUAGUCCUAAACAUAAAAGCUUUUCCUAUCACAAAGUCAACCCUGGUGAAGAAACGCAUUUCAUCUGUGGAAUCAUUGGGAAUCCUGUGGUAUCAAAUAAUGAAAUGCAAUUGUGGAAACUAGGUACAACUGACUUCUUGUCUCCUACUCAUUAUGAUGAUGAUGACAAAUAUACUGCUAUUGGAAAUUUCACUGUUGCUGUUGUUCAGAAUGAUGAUGUAUAUUUCUGUGGUGCUCCAGAUAUUGGAUUUAAUGGAUUCUCAGUUACUGUAAAACUAUAUGAUCUGCCAAGAUUUCAGACUAGCAACAAGCCACAAGUAUCAGAUAGUCAAUCUGACCAGCUUACUGUGACCUGGAACAAAUGGACUACUGAUGAUAUUGGAGAAGGUCCAGUUGAAUCUUAUAAAGUAUACUACAGAGAGAGUGGUGAGAGUGACUGGAUAUCAGGUCAAGUUAUAUCAGUCAGUGAUUCAAGUCAGAUGAGUUAUACAUCAACCAUCACAGGAUUACAAUGGUCUACUCAAUAUGAAAUUACAGUGACUGUUAAAAGACCGGGUCCACUUGGUGAAGGAAGUAAAGACACUACUAUAACAGAAACUACACUGUGUGCAACCCCGCAAAAACCAACAAUUCAGAAUGUAUUAUCACCUGAGUUGAAACAACUUGAAGUUCAUGUCCAGGUUCCUGAUAGUAGUGAUAUAAAGUGUAAAAAAGAUGGUGUGGAUGGCUACAUUGAUUACAUUGAAGUGAAGUAUAGGAAGACAGGUACAGAGGAUGAAUAUGAAAUGGGAAAGAUAGAAGUUUACGAAGAAAUUGUAACGGGUACAAAAGUUAUCACAUUUACUGAAGAAUCAUUACUACCAUACACAGAGUAUGAAGUCGUUGCUCUGCUUAAAAAUGCUGAUGCUACAAGUCCACAGAGUAAUUCAGUGACUGUUGUGUCACAUGAGGAUGUUCCUUCUAAGCCUAGAAAUGUAACACUACAACCAGCAGUGCAUACAAUUACUGUUACAUGGCUAGAACCAGAACCUCCCAAUGGUAUAUUAACAGCCUAUAAAAUAAUAUAUUGGAAAUCCAAUGAUGAGAAUGAUAAAAUAGAUAUUCUGGUAGAUAUUGGUGAUUUGAAUGAACAUAGUAUAGAUAAUCUGGAGUAUAAUGUUCUCUAUACUAUACAAGUAUCUGCCUUUACCAGUGUUGGAGAAGGUGAAUACAGUGAUAAAUUGAGUAUUCAGACAACAGAAGCAAUUCCUCAUGAACCUGCCAGCAUCGAUGUACAAAGAACAACUGAAAACAGCAUCAAAUUCACAUGGACAGAUCCUGAUAUAUUCAGUGGUGAUAUUUUACAUUAUGGGAUAACAUAUAGAUCAUCUGAAUCUGUUCAUUCAUCUACUGUGUUGGAAUCUAAGGAUCUACUUGUUGAGGGCAGUGCUCAUACACACACACUAGAAGGAUUGCCUCCAGGAACACAGUUUGAAAUAUCAGUAAAUGCAAGUACAUCAAAGGGAUUUGGUGAUCCUAGAACAGUUAGCACUGGUACCAAAAUUGGUGUUGGUGUUUCUGAUAUUCUGGAGGAGUUUGAUGAGAAAAGUGAACUAAACUUAACAGAUCACACUGCGACUAUUGAUUUGAGAAAACCCAAGUCAAACUCAGACAUAAAGACUGAUACACAACUUAUGAGUUACAUUCUAGUUGUGGAAGAAGUGAGUCAGAAGAGAAAGCGUGAUUUAGAAGAGAAUCAGUAUAUUACAGCAUCGUUUCCAUUGAAUGAAAUCCCUGAUCAACUUAUAGUGGGUAAUGAUAAGGAAUAUAAUGGUUAUAUCAAUAAACCAUUAACACCUGGACAAGAAUAUGUCAUAUAUGAUGGGAUUGCAGUGUAUACUACAGGGGUGGAGGAAUUACUAUUGACAGAUCAACCAAUAUCAUCAUUUCAAGGUGGAGUACCCAACAUAAUAGAACCAGGUGGUUCUGCUGUUGGUGUUGCUGUUGGUGUUGUUGUGGUUCUUUUAAUUGUUGUAGCAAUAAUAGUUGCAGUAUUUAUUAUGAGAAGGCGUCUGGGAAACCAGAAACGUAGUACUGAAUAUGAAACACCUAACAGCAGUAUGCCUUUUGAGAAUGCUUAUGCAAAUUUAGAGGAAUCCAGCAUGAAUUCAGACACUGUCACAGAUAAAGAAACUGGUGAAUCUCAAUAUAUGAAUAUAACUGAAGCAAAGAAGGCUCCUGAUGUGGUGAAACCUGACAAACCUAUAAAGCCAACAAAAGUGCCAACUUCUGAACCUGCAGCCAAGCCAAGGAGUCUCCCUCCAAAGCCAAAACCUAAAGCCAAGCCAAUACAUAACUCGCAAUACACAAUUCAAGUUAAAGAUUUGGCUGAUUAUGUUAUUAAGAAACGAGAAGAAAAUGAUUUUGUUUCACAAUUUAAGGGCCAUAUGUCUGUACCAAGUGCUGGUAUUGGUCGAACCGGAUCAUUUAUAUCCAUUGAUUCUAUGCUGAAAAUGGCCAAUGCUGAGGGAUGUAUUGAUGUCUUCAACUUUGUGAAAAGAGGAAGAGAAAACAGAAUGAACUUUGUUCAAACAGCAGAGCAAUAUGAAUUUGUUCAUACUGCUGUAAUGGAAGCCAUCUUGUGUGGAGACACUUCAAUUCCAGCAUCAGACUUCAGGCAGAUUUAUGGAAAAUUACAGACGAUUGACAGAAAGACCAAAAAAUCACAACUGCAAGUACAAUGGGAGAAUCUUGGCAAAGUAAGUCGUAAACCCAGAGAUGAUGAAUGUGAUGUAGGAACACUGGAAGAAAAUUCUGACAAGAAUAGAUUUCACAAUGUCUUACCAUUUAAUCGCCAUCGUAUUCGUUUAAUGACUCCAAUAUACGAGGAUGAAUUCUCAACUGACUACAUCAAUGCAAGUUUUGUUAGUGUAAGUAUUCAUCAUAAUGGUAUUGGUCGUAGUGGUGUAUAUUGUGCAUCAGUGUCUACUUGUGAUAGAAUCAAAGUGGACCAGAUGGUUGAUGUCUUCCAAGCUGUGAAAACACUCAGAACUAAUCGACCGUACAUGGUAGAAAGUACG